CUUUUUUCUUCCCUUUGUAUUCUCUUAUGGCUAACACUAGUCUUUUGAAAAGACCUCUUGACUUGGUCUAUUUUAUUUACUUUUUCACUCAUAUUCCUGUGACUCUAUUGAUCGACUUUCAAACAUUCUAUCCUACUGAACUCGUUCCUGGAUUUCUCAAGGAUACGCGCAACAUUUUUAUUCAAGACUACAAAGAUCCUUUCUUAGCCAGUGAACCUCCUCAUUAUUGGUUUUUGUCAUUUCUUUAUUCUGAACUAUUCUUUCAGUUUGUAUUCUUCUUUAUCGCAUGUCAUGGUCUUUGGAAAGACUCUCUCCAUUGCCGUCUAGGUCUCUGUAUCUAUGGAUCCCAUGUAGCUACUACCGUAUUUGCAUCUUUAUUCGAAGUACUCUUUAAUCCAGCCCAUGUCUUGACAACUAAUGAACGAUAUACCUUGGCCUGUUUCUACCUACCCUAUUUUAUUUUACCCGUGAUAAUGCUUAUCGAUUCCUACCUUAGAAUAUCUCCUAUAUUAUCUUCAACCAAACAGACACCAUUGAAAAAGAUAGAAUGAUUAUUUUUUUUUUUUUUGGAAUAAAAAACUAAAACGAU